UUCGCAGGAAAUGACUGCGAGGCCUUAUAGAUAGUUCGUGCUUUUGUUGCUGUGGCCCGCGUUUGCUGAGACACCCCUAUCUGGAAGCACAUUUGUUUCCGUUGUGAGUAUUAACUACCUCAGGCACUGGAAACUGAUCAAGAGGGAGCCCGGUGAUCUCUCCCGGCAGCUGCGUCUGUUCAACCGGCCCCCGCUCGACCCCUGACCAGCUGUACGGCGCUCACAACCCUUCUGACCGACUGGAUCCGUCAGAGCAGUGCAGGCCCGCAACGUGCCAAGACAACAUCACCCUGUAGCUCGUGCCAAUCCUGCCACUGUUUUUCCUUUUCUGAAAAUUCAUAGUCUUUUGCUGAGAGAUUUUUACGAUUUUUCUAUUUUUAUUAGAGGCCUACGGAAAGAGCUCGGAAAGAAGGGUUUUUCGCUUCCAUUUGAAGGAUUGAUUACGCACUUUGGAUUUUCGUCCAGGAUUGAAGCUAGAUCGUUUUUUUUCCCGAGAGGCACCCGUGAACCAGUUCUAAGGGAAAAUAACUUUCACUGGGAUAUUUUGUGUUUUUUUUUUUUUUUUUUGGCAAACGUUUUCAUGUGAGCUGCGUUCGGAGUUGCAGCUGGGCUGCAAGAUUUCCUCGAACCUUCCUUCGCGCCACUCUCUCCAUCGUUUCACAGCGGGUUACUGUCAUGACUGCCCCUCUAAUGGGAUCUUUAAGCUAUCUAUUUACUUGAUUCAAGGAGACCCAGAUUAGGCAUCCAGAACUCAUUCGAAGGUGAAGUCGAGAGGACCGAUACUUCCUGGGUGCAUUGAAUACUUAUGUAUUGUUGCAGUGCACAAGAAAGUAAAAUGGACUACAAGCUGCGCUUUUUGCUUGGCGGGUCCAAGCACAAAGUGCAGCAGCAUCAGCAGUUCCAGUUGCCCGAGCUCAGCCGGACCCUCAGCGCCCCGUUGGGCUCUUCUUGUUCCACCCCUUCUCCCAUGGCGACCAUAGGCUCCUCCCCUUCUGGCUGCCACGCCCCGCCCCCCGGCGCCACCACGGCGAUCGCAGACAUCCAGCAGGGCAUCUCCAAAUACCUGGAUGCACUGAAUGCGUUCUGCCGCGCGAGCGCGUUCCUGACCGAGCUCUUCGGCAGUGUUUUCCGGGACUCGCGUUACUCCAAAGCAGCUAUGCAACUGAAGGACGUGCAGGAACAUGUCAUGGAAACGACCAGCCGGCUCACCACAGCAAUAAAGCCCGAGAUCGGCAAAAUGCUGAUGGAGCUCAGCGCAGGCGCGGCUAACUUCAAAGACCAGAACGACUUCAGCCGGCAGGACGUGGAGGUGCUGGGCCGCUGCUUCCUGACGGUGAUGCAGGUGCAUUUCCAGUUCUUGUCACAGGCGUUGCAGAAAGUCCAGCCGGUGGCGCAGUCCUGUCUGGCCGAGGCGCUAGCGCAGGUUCAAGAGAGACACGGAAACGCCCACACGCAGAACACGAGCCCCGGGCCCCUGACGGAGCUGGAGGAGGCCGUCCGCUCAUGGAAAGGAGCGUCAGAGGUGACGGCGUGUCUCAGGGAGAGAGGGAGAGACGGCUGUCUGUCUGGCAUUCAGGUACAGCAGCUCUUCUGCUCUCAGAACACCUCCAUCCCUGAACACCAGCUCAAAGAGCUCAAUGCCAAGAUCAACAACGCUCUACAGGCGUAUAAAGCGGCGUUAGACUCUUUGGGUCACAGUGAAUACGCGCUGAAGGCCGGAUUUCACCUUAAUCCCAAAUCAGUGGAAGCAGCUUUGCAGGGCUGCUGCAGUGACGCCGAGGCCCAGCAGGCCGGACGCUUUCACACCACGUCUCAGCCCAUCCAGUGUGAAUUACCCACAAUCCCCGUCCAGAUCGGCUCUCAUCUCCUCCGAGGAGUUUCUUUCAACGAAAGCGCAUCAGAUAACCUCAAGCUUAAAAUGCAUGCUGUGCUGCAGCUGAUCAAGGAUGCGGUGGAUCAGAACGGUGUGGCCGUGCGGGACGAUUCCCCCGUCACAGAGGUGCUGAACCAGGUGUGUCCCUCCAGCUGGAGAGGAGCCUGUAAGACGGCCGUUCAGCUGCUGUUUGGACAGGCUGGACUGGUUGUGGUUGACACGGCUCAGAUUGAGAAUAAGGAAGCUUACGCCCCUCAGAUCUCUCUUGAAGGAUUUAAAGUUGUGAUCCAGGUUCCUUCUACAUGGUGUCUGAAGGAGGAUCCAGCGACGAUGUCUCUGCUGCAGCGCAGUCUGGAUCCCGAGAAGACCCUCGGCUUGGUGGACGUGCUUUACACGGCUGUGUUUGACCUCCAGCGCUGGAAGGAGCGCAAGGAACAGAGUUUGCCCACCAUUCAGAUCCAGCUACAACGAGACACGACUGAUUACGGCGGCCCCAUCGAUCUUCCUCCCGGGAACAGCACCAAAUCCUCCGGCGGCCUCCCCAAAACCAUCUCCAAACUCACCUCACGCUUCACCAAGAAAACCUCGUCCAACUCCAGCGCAGGCGGCAGUUACUCCAUCCCCAGCACGCCGUCAAGGAGCAGCAGCAGCUCGGACGACAAAUCCGGCCGCCUGCGCAGCCUCCUGCAGAUGAGCAGCAUGCCGUGCACACCUGACCCCAGCCACGCGCAGACCGCCAACGGCGCAUCCGCAGAUGAGCAGGGCAUGAACCUGCCCACCGACCAGGAGAUGCAAGACGUCAUCGACUUCCUAUCGGGGUUCAACAUGGGGAAAUCCCAGCAGGCGUCUCCGCUGGUGAAGAGGAGGAACUCUGUGGCGUCUACGAAUGCGGCCGACUUGAAGCCGCCCAGCGGAGCGACUCCGCUCACCUCGCAGUCUCAAGUGUCUCAAAUGUUGGCGCAAACCUUGAAGCAACAACAGCAGCAGCAGCAGCUUCCGUCAACACCAAAACAGCAGCAAACGCAGCCGCAGUCGCAGCCGACCUCACAGACUCUACCGUUCUACCAGCAUCUCUUGCAGCCGAUCGGUCAGCCGCCGCAGCAAACAGCACCCGUUUCCCCGCAGCUCUCUACCCAGCAGCCCCCGCAGCCAAGAGCCCCCAGCAAGUGGCCCCAGGGUCCUUUAGGAGGCCUCUCGCCCAUCGGGCCCUUGACGCAGUGGCCCGCCCCGGGCCUGCCGGACCUCAGCUCUGACCUCUACAGUCUGGGGCUGGUCAGUACGUACAUGGACAGCAUGAUGUCGGAGAUGCUUGGCCACAAGCCCCCACAGGGACCACGGAACAACACCUGGCCCAACCGAGACCAAAGUGACCAGAGUCUGUUCGGGGUGUUGGGAGACUCCAUGCCCUUUGACCCUGCAGGUGAGCACAGACCGGUCAGCUCAGACGGGUUCAUCAUAGGUUUUGUAGUGUUAGAGUAUCAGAGCAGAACUCUGGCGCAGACACAGCGACACACAUCAGAUCCAGAGUUUGCACGUUAUGUUGCCGGGGUCAAUCAGGCCAUGCAGCAGAAGCGGCAGGCACAGCAUGUUCGUCGGCCCAGCAACACCCGCAGUAACUGGCCACACCCAGACGAGCAGCACAGAGGCUGGACACACCCAGAGUACUACAGCGAGGGGGAGGCGGUCAACAGCGGCUGGUCAGCCAAUCAGGGGGAUUCGGCCAGCUCGAGUGACGAGGCGUCCUCAGCCAAUGGGGACAGUCUGUUCUCCAUGUUCUCCGGGCCUGACCUGGUGGCGGCUGUUAAACAAAGACGGAAACACAGCUGUGGCGAACAAGAAGUAUGCACUCUGCCCUCUCCUCCUCUCCACCACGCCAGUGACGACAGUAACCAGGACAGCAAAACUAAAACCUGGCCUCCUAAAGCCCCCUGGCAGCACUCCUCACACACCAACACCAUGCCCAAUCCCAGCUCUUCCCUCUACCAGAUGACCAUCCCUUCCAGCCAAUGGGGCGACUCCAUGCAAAUGCUGCAGUCUCCAGUGUGGUCGACAGCCAAUGACUGUCCUCCAUCCUCCGGGAUGUCCUCCGGCUUCCCGUUCACACAACAACAACAACAACAACAACAACAGCAGCAGCAGCAGCAGGUUUCCCUGGUGGUUAUCCUGAGCAAAGGCUUCAAAACCUUCCCGCUCAAACCCGAGCAUCGACCCUCGUACCUGCACCAGUACUGAGCUGGACCUGUGCUGGGAGAGGUCGCAGACCCUUUUCGUGUAUUUUGAGUAAUGCUCAGGAUGUGAACCCAGAUCAGCUUUUAAAGGCUUUGAGUAGGACGCCACUGAGAAACUUUAUAAAGGGGUUUCGGUUGUGUCGGGGAAGCGGAAGGAUGUUAUUUAAUUAUUCAAACACGGCGUUGUAGAAACCUUGAUCUUGUGGUGUGCCGUGAACCUGAUCUAGACUCCAACCUUGUAAACUAGAAGUGUUUUUAUGGGGAAAUUUGCAAUUAACAUAGUGGUCAAUAACAUUUUUGUACACCGAUGCGUGUCAAACAUCCCCAAACAGAACAUUACUGCCUUCCACGCAGUCCAAACGAUGCAUGAUUCAUGUUAACAGCUAGUCGGACCAUUUCACUGGCGGCCGCAUCGGCACGACUGAUGCCUUCAGUCUCGUAGCGGCGUUCGGCUUCGAGUUUACACGACUUUUUCGAUAUGCAUGGCCACCGUGCUCACUCACAGCACACUAUCGCAGCCGCAUUACGAAGAUCCGGACGUCCUGGUCUGCUAACCGGACGUCCCACAUAACGAUACUGUGUUUAAAUAGCUGUAACUGCCAAAUGUCACGUGGGACGACCCAGACUGCAGCUCUCAGCUACUGUUCCAUAGCUUGUAAAUGACUCGAAAAAAGAAACGAAAAAGAACUAUAAAUAAUUUACUUUUUACGAAGAGGCUUCGAGCAGGCUCGGCAGAAAUAUAAUAAUCAUAGCAGAGGUGUAAUUUGAAAGAAAUACACUACUUUUUCAACAUCUGAGAGAUUAAAAAAAAAGAUUAAAAUACAACUAAAAAAGGAUGUUAUUAGUAACUUUGUGCCAUGUUGUUUUGAAUAGCACUUGCAGAUAUUUUCUCUAACCAAAGUAUUGUUUAGAGGGGGGAAAUGGUGCUUUAAAAAAAAAAAAAAAAAUAGCCGUUUGGGAGCCGUAGUAGUAGUUCUAUCUAGAAAGAAGAGAAACAACUUUUUAGCAAAAACAAACCCUUCUGUACGGUCAAACGCGUUCAUUUUCCCAUUGGCUUUCUUCAGAACGACACUAACAAACACUUCCCAUAAAAAUAACAUGUAUUCCUUUCAAAUACGAUAUAUUUCUUGUACAAAUACUGACAGUAUUAAUCUUAUUUUUGUAUUUUCUUACACAUUAUACCAUUACUCUAUAAGUUAGCGUAAUAUAGGCUUAUUAUUAAGUAAAACAUUAUUUUCCCAAGAUGUGAAGCACAUUUCUUUUCUUUCCUACAGAGUUGAACUAUACCUUCUUUCUACAGAGGUUACCAAAUACGCCAUUAUAAACACUAAUAAAUGGUUCUGGUCGGAUUGGGGUGUUUUUUUUUUUUUUUGGUGGUUAUUUUGAGCCCGGAUUCCCGUUGGUUUCUGUGGUUCCGGGCUGCAUCUGAAAAGCCCCGAAUGUUCAUUUCGUGACGUUUGCCGAUGCCAAUGUUGCCUGUAUUUAUGAUAUGACCAUGUUUUCUGAAAACUAACAUACUUACCAUGUUUACAGAGAAUCGUUUGCUGUAUAUAAAUAUAUCUUUUUAUAGUUCUGUGCUUUGCACAAUCAAAAUAUAGGUCCGUUGCUUCGUCCGUGUUUUCCUCCCAAACUGUUUCGGCAUUUUUUUUUUUUUUUAAGAUUAAACAUUUUCGAUGACCUUGGACUGUAAUGCUCAACAUUUCUCAGCUGUGUCAAAAUGGUUUACUAGUGGCUUCAAAAAAUAAAAGGAGUUUAAAAAAAUUCAAU